AUGUUUAGAAACCUAAUUCUCGGGUCGCCUGUUAGCAGCCGGCUAUUCACUGCUGCCUCCAAAUCAAAAUGGCAAAUUUCGCAACGGCUUGCUCCAUUGGCGUCCAGAGUUAUUGUCAAAAGACCGUUGACUGUUAAUCAUAAAAAGCUUUCAGACGUUUCUGUCACUAAGCCUAUUUUCACAGAGGAAGAACGUAAGAAAGUUGCCGCUGACCGUCUAAAGCAGCUUGAACCAUAUGUUUCUAAGCUUCCCGAGAAAUGGAUUCCUUACGCUGAAUUGAUGAGAUUAGAUAAACCCGCAGGUACUUGGUACUUGUUUUUACCUAGUGCUUGGGCAAUUAUGUUAGCCGGAUUUGAGCUUGUUUCCCCAAUUUCCCAAACUUUAUAUAUAUUGGGUCUUUUUGGCAUUGGAUCUAUCGUUAUGCGUGGGGCAGGCUGUACCAUUAAUGAUAUUCUUGAUAAAAACUUUGAUGAUAAAGUGAUCCGUACCAUUGAAAGACCCAUUGCCAGUGGUAGAGUCUCUAAAACCAAUGCUACCAAGUUCCUUGUCGCCCAAUUGACCGUAGGUCUUGGUGUUUUGCUCAGUUUGCCUUUGGAUUGCUUUUUGCUAGGAGCAUCAUCUUUGUCAUUAGUACUUACAUAUCCGCUUUUCAAAAGAUUUACAUAUUAUCCACAGGUAGCGUUAUCGGCUUGUUUUAACUGGGGUACUCUUCUUGGAUUUGCUGCAAUGGGAGAUUGGAACUGGGGUUUAAUGUUGCCACUUUAUUUCGCAACUUUCAACUGGUGCAUGAUUUAUGAUACCAUUUAUGCUCAUCAAGACAAGCUUUGGGAUGUCAAAGCUGGUGUCAAGUCUACCGCCUUGAAAUGGGGUGCAAACACCAAAAAUAUCUGUUACGGUUUGGCAAGCUUGCAAGUGUCUAGUUUGGCUUUUAUGGGUGUUUACGGUGCUUUGGGACCUGGUUUCUGGAUUGCAGGUACUAUAUUCAGUUACAGAAUGAUUAAUAUGAUUAAGAGAACUAACUUGGAUAGUAUCAAGAGUUGUUGGGAAGCAUUUAAUAUCAAUGUGACCUCCGCUAAAAUUUUUACAGUUGGUAUUUUAGUUGACUACAUUCUUAGAUUAUUUGGAUUUAUUUAG